AGCCUCCCCCCCUCCCCUCUCGGCGCGCGUGGCCCCGGCCGGCGCCGGCCCGCGGCAGCGCACCAUGCUGGGCAUGUACGUGCCGGACAGGUUUGCCCUCAAGUCGUCUAAAGUGCAGGACGGGAUGGGGCUCUAUACGGCCCGCAGAGUGGAAAAGGGUGAAAAAUUUGGUCCAUUUGCUGGAGAGAAAAGAAUGCCACAAGAACUGGAUGAAAAUACAGACUGCAGACUCAUGUGGGAGGUUCGUGGGAGUAAAGGUGAAGUCCUUUAUGUUCUGGAUGCCAGCAAUCCGCGACAUUCUAACUGGCUGCGUUUUGUCCAUGAGGCACCAUCACAAGAACAAAAGAACCUGGCUGCCAUCCAGGAAGGGGAAAACAUUUUCUAUCUGGCUGUUGAGGAUAUAGACACAGAUACAGAGCUUUUGAUUGGUUACCUUGACAGUGAUAUGGAAGAAGCAGAAGAGGAGGAAGAAGAAGUGAUUCCUAACCAAGAAGAUGAAGACAGUAACAACAAUAACAAUAAAGAGCUGCAACAAACUAGCGAGAAAGAUUCUUUGAGCUGUAAAGAGGACCACGCAUGCCCAAAUUGUGAAUCCAGUUUUGCCAGCCAGGAGAUUCUAGCUGAGCAUCUUCAGACUUUGCAUCAAAAGCCUAGUGAAGAGAAAGAAUUCAAGUGCAGGAACUGUGGAAAGAAAUUCCCAGUUAAACAAGCUUUACAAAGACAUGUUCUCCAGUGCACAGAGAAUGUCAAUCCAGGCGACUCUUCAAGAAGUUUUCAGUGUUCUGUGUGCAAUACUUCCUUCAGCUCAGAACUGAGUUAUGAGCAGCACAAGGAGGCUUGUAGAGGGGAUGCCAGAUUCAUAUGCAAGGCUGAUAGUUGCGGAAAGAGAUUCAAGAGUAAAGAUGCCCUAAAAAAACACAAGGACAAUGUUCACACUGGAAAUUCUAGGAAGAAACUGAUGUGCUCAGUGUGCAAUAAGAAAUGUUCCUCAGCAACAAAUCUUCAAGAGCAUCGAAAGGUUCAUGAGAUCUUUGAAUGUCAGGAAUGUGACAAGAAAUUUAUAUCAGCUAACCAGCUAAAACGCCAUAUGAUAACCCAUUCAGAAAAACGCCCCUACACCUGCGAGGUUUGCAAUAAGUCCUUCAAACGACUUGAUCAAGUGACUGCACACAAAAUAAUACACAGUGAAGAUAAACCUUAUAAAUGCAAGCUUUGUGGAAAGGGAUUUGCCCACAGAAAUGUUUACAAGAAUCACAAGAAGGUACAGCACAGACAGCAGCACUGCAAGCUUCCCCACAAUGUUUCAUCAAUAUGUCUCAACCCUGUUCUGGAGGAACCACCUAUUGAGACCCACUCUGAAGAGAGACCAUUCCAGUGUGAAGAAUGCAAAGCUUUGUUUCGAACUCCAUUCUCUCUGCAGAGACACCUACUAAUACACAACAGUGAGAGAACCUUCAAGUGUGAUCACUGUGAUGCUACCUUCAAAAGAAAAGACACAUUAAAUGUUCACAUACAAGUUGUACAUGAUGGACAUAAAAAAUAUAAAUGUGAUCUGUGUGAUAAAGCCUUUGUGACUCCUUCAGUCCUUAAGAGUCAUAAAAAAACCCAUACUGGAGAAAAAGAGAAAAUCUGCCCUUACUGUGGUCAGAAAUUUGCAAGCAAUGGAACACUGAGAGUUCAUAUUCGGAGUCAUACAGGUGAGCGUCCCUACCAGUGCCCUUACUGUGACAAAGCUUUCAGCAAGAAUGAUGGAUUAAAGAUGCACAUUCGUACUCACACAAGGGAAAAACCAUACCAGUGCUCAGAGUGCAACAAGGCCUUCAGUCAGAAGCGGGGCCUUGAUGAGCACAUGAGGACCCACACCGGGGAAAAGCCAUUCCAGUGCGAUGUUUGUGAUUUGUCCUUCAGCCUGAAGAAAAUGCUGAUCCGACACAAACUGACUCACAAUCCCAAUCGUCCAAUGGCAGAAUGCCAGCUCUGCCACAAGAAAUUUACAAGAAAUGACUACCUCAAAGUGCACAUGGAAAAUGUCCAUGGUGAAACUGACAGCUAACUGUGGUUUAUGCAAAAAGAGUGUGUCUAGUCUUCAAGUGUUCCAUUUGUACAUGUACAAACUCCAGACUUCUCACCUGAUUAGUAAGCACAAUCAGGAAAAGAACUGUAAUAUGCUCACAGACUUUUUUUUUCCAUUUCGCUCUCUGUUUAUGUUACAGAGGGUUUUUUUUUAAAGACCCUGAAGUAAAACAGUUUGAAGAUGAAAGAAAGAAGAUAAAGGAACAUUUCUUUUUUAAAAAUGAUCUGCACCUUUCUUAGCAGCCUGGGGACCUGAUAUCAUGGUAACGGUACUGAGAAAUUAUGGAUAUUUGUUACUAGGAGACCUCAGAAAUAGUCCUGUGUGAAGCAGCUAGUGUUCGCUUCAGAUUCGGAUUUGGCUGAUUCAGGGGACAGUGAUUCAAUUCAGUGAUUCAAAUCACUGUCCCAGAUCAAUUCGGACAAAUCUGAUUUGGAGAUUCGGCCACUGCCGAAUCAGAUGAAUCUCCAAAUUGAACAGGUCCCAUCCCCCACCCAUGCUCCCAGCCCCAGCAUCCCAGCACUUAAAAAAAAAAGGGGGGGGGAAGCCCCAUACUCACUGGCUCCUGCCAGGUGCAGGGGCAAUGCCUGCUGCCCCCCACUGCCCUGUGCUGUAUGGGGGGGGGCUCUGCCAUGAGCCCCCAGAGGCCCAGACAGCCACUGCAGCAGCUGGUGAAUUCGGGGCUUUUUUGAAGUGCUGGGAUACUGGGGCUGGGCAGAGCAGCUGUUGACAGGGCUGGGAGAGGGGGAUGAGAGUUGGGGAGCACUCAGGGCGGCUGGGGGAAUGGGCAUGGGAUAGGGCCUGGCGGGGGCCCCCUCAUGGUCCCUCCCCGACUCAUUCAGACCUCAUCCUGCCUCGUACUGAUCAGGCCCCUACUUACCAGAGGCUGGGUCCAGCUCCCUAUGGUGGCGAGCAGGGACUGCCCAAAUCACCGAAUCUCCUCCAAAGCUUUUCCAAAUCGAUUCAGAGGCUUCAAAUUGAUUUGGACCCUUUAUUGGUCUCCCGAUUUGAUUCAAUUUGAUUCAGUUCAGAUUUGGAGAUUCAGCAGCUGAAUUGGGCCAAAUCUCCUCUGAAUCGAAUCACCAAUCAAAGCUUCGCGCAGCCCUUCUCAGAAAUAUCAGUGCCUUAAGCUUCAAGGCUAUACAAAAAGCAACAUAAUCUGACUGCUUUUUUCAAUUCAACUUCAUCCUGAUUGGCCAUGUUGCCACCCAAACAAAUUUUAUUUAGAUAUUAGCAGUAAGUUUUAUUUCACUUUCUUCUCAUUUUAUUUAGAGCCUAAAAGAAUUAACUUGAAAUGGACUCUGAGGCGCCAAAAUAUGGUACAGAAGCUGCAAGAAUCUGCAGUCUCAAAUAUUUUCACAUGAGCAUCCAAGAAAGACAUCAUUCCUUCUGGUUGCCGUUGUGUGAGAUGAGAUCAGAACAAAAGCUGAAAGCAAUUUAAUUUUAAUAAUCAUUUUAAACACUCAAAGCUGCAAGUUGCAGGCAAAGGAAAUAAGUCCUAAAGAAGUGACUUAAAGGCCCCCCCUCACAUUACACUUAAGGCAUGAUUAACCAGGCUAACUGCCCCUGCUUUGAGCCCAGUUAGCUGCAGGGCUCUCAGCUGUGGAAGCCGGUGUAGGGGGAGCCCAGGAUCAAGGGUGCUUCCCCUGCACCAGUGAUAAGGAACAAAAUCCCACAAUCAUGCCUCCUGCCAUGCACGUGGCAUAGCAGGAAGUGUGAUUAUGUAUCACACAUUGGAUCUCAUUGCACCUUAGCUGCAACUGUAGAAGGGCCUAACCAAAUAUAAGUGUCUGGUUGAGGCAAAAAAGAUGCAUCUAAUAUACCAGGGCAAUCCAAGUGCCCUUAUUUUCUUCAUUCCAGUUAAAUGACUUUGAUUUCCUUGUUGCUCUUAAUGAGCAGUGGGAAAAAAAUAUUGCUCAUAACUAACUAACAACCAAAUACUUUCAGAUCGUAGAUUAAGACUCAUAUUUUUCAGUUUUUAAAAACAAUUGUCAUAGCACAUCUUUUUAUGCCACUCUGGUGAAGAGAUCCUUUUUACAUAGGAGGGACAGUAAAUAUAUAUGUCUAGAUUUUUGCAAAUCCCAGGAUAGUAUAUUAGAGCUCUAUAUAGAAACAAAGUUUAUAUUAAUUUUGGAUUACAUGGACCAAUAUUUUGUUAGGAAUAGUGUGUUAGAUGUACACCUUCGUUCUGAUGGAGAUUUGUCUCAAUUACUGGUUGUAAAUUUUGUAAACUUCAUCCUAGACUGCAGCAAAAGCCACUGGAUGGAUGAACCAUAAAAGCAGAGCAGGAAUGUGUGGCCCCAUUACAUUCAACAAUAUUGACCUGAAAAGAAACUAGGCCAGUGGUUUUCAACCUUUUUUCAUUUGUGGGCCCCUAAAAAAAUCAAAAGGAGGUGCACACCCCUUUGAAAAUUUCUAAUACAGGUGCAGACCCCUUUGAAUUGUGAGUAUUCACAUACUUUUGAUUGAUCAUAGCCAUCUUUUGCGGACCCUGUAGACAUAGUUUGUGGAACCCCAGGGGUCUGCGGACCACAGGUUGAACUAGGUGAAAGUGAAAAACAGUAUAGGGACCAGCAUCAUCUCUUUUAUGUCCAGUAUUGGUUUGGAUACUAUUGUCUUCUAUUAUUAUGGACACUAUUUUCUUUUAUUAUUAUGGAGUAAUAUUUUUUCUUUAAAAUUAUUAUGGAAUAAUCGCUCCCAAUAUUAUUAUUUGCUCAGAAUGUGAGUAGAGAACAUCAUGACUUUUUAUUUAUGAGAACUCAGAAUAAAGCACAACAUGUUGGGGCAUAUUCCCAGGAGAAAACUGUUCCAGAAAACUUUAAAUAUUUUUUUUAUCAUUCAUGCCACAUACUGUUCCUAGAAUGUUUCUUAGACCUCUUCUCUUCCUGCUCAGUCAUAUAACAAAUGGUCCACUACAGCAAUUCUUUAUAAAGCAGUCUUUAUAUCAAGCCCAUUUAAUAUAUUUUAGCUCUGUUUUGAUGCAUUUUGAAGAGGAACCAUUAUGUGGGGCUGAGCCAGUACCCACUGUAGUCAAUGAGAAAGUUUCCAUUUACUUUAGUGGCUUUUGGCUCAGGCUGCAUGUGACUAACCAGAUGCCAAUGAACCAUCAGCAGUGUGUCCAUAAAUCAGUACAAAUGCUUUGCUUUAUAUGGAAGGUAACUACAAAUAGGACACUGAAGCCUGUCAUCUAACAAUUUGAAUAAGAAAACAGAAUAGUUAAAGGAAUGAGGCAAGGUACAUCAUACCACAGAUUUAACAUGUAAUUAUAGUAUGUUGACCAGACCAAGUUACACUAAUGUAAAUUCAUAAGAACCUCUUGGAUCCAGUUCUAUCCCAUAUUACAGGCAACAUGUCAAAUAAUCCAGUUCAUAAAUAUAUCCAUGCAGUUGAGCACCAAAGAAUUUAUCAGAUUUUACAACAGUGUAACUGAGAAGAAUAUAUCCCUACAUGUGCAUGUUUAUUUUGUUUUAUAUUUGUUACCUUACAAUUGCUGCAUUAUAUUUAAUUAGAAUUACAAAUAGAAUGUAUUUUCCUACAUUUUGUAAUAAUUUGUCCAAUGUCAUUUUAGAUGUAAACAAUGUGUUUCAUUAUACAUUAAACAUAUGCUUAAUUA